AUGGCAUUGGACGGCCACUUCGUGCUGCGCUUCGACUUCCAGGCAGAUCAUGGAGUAGGCGUCAGCGGAUUCCUCAAGACAGAGCUCAGUGUUCGCCACAACGUGACGUUUGACAACGAGAAGAUUCUCGCAUACGACACGAUAUGGGCGGCCGCGCUGGGACUUGACGGUGCACAGCGUAUUUUACAGGCGAUUUGUCGUGCCGGCUGUCACCCGGAGCAUGGGAACUGCGUCGGAAGACCAGGAGCCUGCGACUGUAGGUCAGGUUGGAAGGGCGCCCACUGCGACCAAUGCAUGACGUACCCGGGCUGUGAGAACGGCACCUGUCACUCUCCCUGGGAGUGCAUCUGCAUGAAGAACUGGGGCGGACCACUCUGCAAUCAAGACCUGGAUUACUGUGGCACCAAGCGUCCGUGCAGGAAUGGUGGCACUUGCCUCAACAGCAAGCCUGAUCAAUACACGUGCCGAUGUCCUCUGGGCUACAGAGGACGCGACUGCCAAAUCGUUAACGAUCCGUGCUCUGCAAACCCAUGUCGGAAUGGAGGCAAAUGCGUCACGCUCGAUCACACCUACAAGUGCCAAUGCGAGAACGCGUGGACGGGCAACCAGUGCGAAACGCGUGUCAACUUCUGCUACUCGAACCCGUGCAUGCACGGCGGCACGUGCGAGGAGACUUCUACCGGCUUCACCUGCACAUGUCCGGCCGGCUGGGAAGGCAACCGCUGCCAGCUAGAUUCGAACGAAUGCAGUGGCAGCCCGUGUGUGAAUGCGUACGCGUGUACAAACAUCCACGGCGACUACGUGUGUGACUGCAUGGACGGCUGGACUGGCAAGAACUGCACCAUAAAUAAGAACGAUUGUGCUCCGGAUCCGUGCAGAAAUGGUGGAUUGUGUACCGACCUGGUCGCCGAUUUUGCUUGUCAGUGCCGGGACGGCUGGAAGGGCAAAGUGUGCAACCUCAGAAACAGCCAUUGCGAUGCGAGUACUUGCAGAAAUGGAGGCACGUGCAUUGACCUGCCUGAUUCGUUCGCCUGUCACUGCCCGCGUGGAUGGACGGGCAGUGUCUGCCACAUACCGAUAAAUAACAGUUGCGCACAGAAUCCGUGCAAAAAUGGCGCCACGUGCGUGACGAGUGGCUCCACCUACACCUGCAUCUGCACGUCUGGCUACGAGGGCAGGUUGUGUGAAGUGGACACUGAUGACUGCAGUCCUUUGCCUUGUUACAACGGUGGCCGGUGCAUUGAUGGCAUCAACUGGUACAUGUGCGAGUGUGCCCAGGGUUUCACAGGGCCAGACUGCAGAUUUGAAAUUAACGAGUGUGCAUCGGACCCAUGCCAGUUUGGCGCGACCUGCGUCGAUGGUAUCGGCAAAUACACGUGUGUGUGCCCACCCUACAGAACUGGAAAACUAUGCGAGCUAGUGAUGUCGGGCAGGGAGACUUGGAAGCGGUCAUGCGUGCGAGACAGACAGCAGUACCCCGACGGACAGACGUGGCGAGAGGGAUGCAACAGCUGCACCUGCAACGAUGGCAACGUAGAUUGCACACAGUUGUGGUGUCCCUCUUCAAACUGCCUGUCCGGAGACCCAGCCAGCCGCUGUCCGAUCAGUCAACAGUGCAUCAUGGUCGCCGACGCCACUUGUUUCACGCCGCCGUGCAUGCCGUGGGGGGAGUGCAGGGACCCGGUCGUGCCGGCGUCGGUGGCUCCCUCUCACGACUGCCGGCCUAACCACGCCGAGCUUAGCAGCAGCUGUGUCCGAAUCUCACUGUUCUUUGACAAGAACAAGAUGCCAGUGGGAAUAACAGUCGAGUACCUCUGCACUAUGAUCAGCAGACUGCCCCACCUGGUGGCGAUGACAAUAAACAACCAUCUGACCAUUCAAUGCGAUCAGAAGAGCAGUGUAGACAGCACAUUGGAAAUCACUGUGUCUGGCUCCGACGGAUCGCGCACCAUCCUCGAGGUGGCCAGCGGUGUGCGCGAUGCGAUUGCGCAGCAGUCAGGGCGGCAGUCUAGCCUCGCCGGCCUCACGCAGGUGCAGAUCGAGUCUGGUGAAGUGACGCGGCCAGGCUACGUGACGCCGGUCGUCUGCGCGGCGAUGGCCGUCGUCGGCGCCGUCGCCGUGCUGCUGCUCGUCGCGUGUCACCGGCGGCGACGACGGAAGCGGCGGGCGUCUGCCGCGCACCGGGAGCGACUCGCCGGCAAGCUUCGCUCGCUGGACGAUCAGGCGAAGACGAACAACCAGAAUCGCGAGAACCUGCGUCGCUACCACAACCCGCUCGGCCGCAAGGACAACGUGGUGCCGUCGAGCGAGUCGAGCGACGUCAUGGAGCUCGACCUCGAGCUCGAUAAACCUCCGCCGCUGGUGGCGCCCCCCGGCGGCGGCAUCCCGCGCGACCUCUACAAGGUGUCGUCGCCCGAGGCGCGCAAGAACACGAACGUCGUGCACAACCGGUUGGACGCGGCGACGCCGCCGCCGCCGCCGCCGCCGCCAAAGGAUCUGAACUUGCGAGCGUCUCGGCAGCAGCAGCAGCAGCGGACGCGGCUGAGCCCGGAGCGCCUUCUGGAGGUGAUCGUGUAG